AUGAGCAAAAAUUAUUUUAGGAUAUAUUUAUAUAAUUUGAUAAUAGUAAUUAUAUCAUUACAGUUUAAGUCAUAUUAUAAAAAAGGAGCAUAUAAUAAUGGGAAUAAUAAUAACAUACAUUUAGAUAAACAUAAAAGAUUGUUAUCACAACACAUUACAGAUGAACCAUUACAACAUACAUUAUCUACGAUAAAUGUAGAAAAUUGUAAAGGAUUAAAUAAUAAAUAUGGAGUGGUUUGUACAUUAAACGAUAAAGGAGUGAACAAUAAAAUGUUGGAUAAAAAAACAGAUGAAAAAAACAUAAUAGGUUAUAAUGUCUUAAACUAUACAUUAAAUAAGGAAUAUGAUAAAUAUCAUAAAAAAAAUAUCUCUUUAAAAAGAAAUAAAAAAAAUAAACCAAUAAAGGACUUAUUAUACAAAAUGAUGUUCAAAGGAAAAAACUUUUGGAAUUUUGUAAAAAACGUUAUAACAGUAUUGGGAUUCACAUCCUUAAUUAGUAAUAUACUUUGGAUAACUUUAUACCUUUCAAGUAUAACUUCUGUUGCGACAGUUUUUGGUUGUGUUUCAUUAGGAACUGUAUUAUUAAUAAUAAUUUUAUGUGUUCUCUUCUGGUUACUUGUUACAUGGUUGUGGCCUUACAAAGAUGAAUAUAAUAGAAAGCAUAAGAAAUAA